CGUAUUAUAUUAUUUUGUAUGUAAUAAAUGGACUGACUUUGUAUUAAGGUCGAAAAACAUGGAAAUCGACGGAAGCUAGAACCCCAACCGAACCGGAGCUGCCCAAGUUGCCACCCACCACCGUUGGUAUCUCCGUUCCAUUCUCCUCCAAAAUUUGAGCAAAAUGAUGCGGUUGCAGACGUAUGCAGGUCUUAGUUUAAUUGCCACUUUGGCUAUUACAUAUCAUGCAUUUAACAGCAGAAGCCAGUUUUAUCCGGCAAUGGUUUAUUUAGCAACUUCCAAGAUCAGUUUAGUGCUUCUUCUCAACAUGGCUCUAGUCAUCAUGUGUGUUUUGUGGCAGUUAACUAAAAAGGUGUUUCUUGGUUCUCUUCGGGAGGCCGAGGUUGAGAGGCUUAAUGAGCAAGCAUGGAGGGAGGUUAUGGAAAUCCUCUUUGCAAUUACUAUCUUUAGACAGGAUUUCUCUAUUACAUUCCUUGCCAUGGUUACGGCACUCUUGUUAAUCAAGGCCUUGCAUUGGUUGGCUCAGAAGAGAGUAGAGUACAUAGAGACUACACCUUCCGUGUCUGUGUUGUCUCAAGUUCGAAUCGUAUCUUUUUUGGGGUUCCUUCUUCUUCUUGAUGGAGCGUUUUUGUACAGUUCAGUGAAGCAUUUACUUGCAACCAAGCAGGCUUCGGUUUCGAUCUUCUUUUCUUUUGAGUACAUGAUACUAGCAACAACAACAGUAUCCAUUUUUGUAAAAUAUAUUUUCUAUGUCAGUGACAUGCUUAUGGAGGGGCAAUGGGAAAAGAAACCGGUCUUCACGUUUUACUUGGAACUUGUUAGGGACUUGCUUCACUUGUCUAUGUAUAUGUGCUUCUUUCUGGCAAUCUUCAUAAACUAUGGUGUUCCUUUGCACUUAAUAAGGGAGCUAUACGAGACAUUUAGGAACUUCAAAGUUCGUAUUUCAGAUUAUCUACGUUAUCGUAAGAUCACUUCUAACAUGAAUGAUCGGUUUCCAGAUGCAACCCCUGAAGAGCUUAAUUCAAAUGACUUAACCUGUAUCAUCUGUCGUGAAGAGAUGACUACUGCAAAGAAACUUAUAUGCGGUCAUCUUUUUCAUGUUCAUUGCCUCCGAUCAUGGCUAGAGCGGCAGCAUACUUGCCCUACCUGCAGAGCACUGGUUGUCCCAUCAGAAAAUGGACCAACUGCUACUGGGGGACAACAAAGACCACAGUCAGAUGCUAAUCGACAAGGGGAAGGCACUGGAAGCUCAGCUCAAACUGAGGUUGGCGAUGGGGUGGCUCGUGAUAAUUUGAGUCGGCAUCAAGCAAGACUUCAAGCUGCAGCAGCUGCAGCUUCAAUAUACGAGAAGUCUUAUGUUUACCCUUCUCCAACUUUUGCAUGUUAUCCCCCGAUUCAUAGAUCAGUGGUUCAAUCAUCUAAUAAUGCUGAGCUUGAUGGAGAACAAGUUUCCAGUGAGCAAGCACAAAAGCAGUUUGUGAUCCCCGGUGGACCAAUGAAUGCGUCCUCUUCUCCAGUGCAAAGCUUCUACGUUCCACCAUCUCAAACACAUGCAGCCCACAUGACUUAUGGAGAGGGAUCCCAGCUGGGAGCUCAAACAAAACUCCAGAACGAGAAAACAAAUGUUGACAAAAGUGUAGGUGAGGACACGUCGUCAGUAUCAGAUAGCAGAGGCAAACACAUGGCUGCCUCUUCAUCUGUAUCUGUAUCAGGUCAUGAUGAGAGCCCUUGACAGCAAAGCAUAAUGUUUUUACUUACUUAUUGCUAUACCAUGCAGCAACUGCCUAAUGUAUAUUUACAUGAAAUGAUAGAGUAUGAUAGAUUAUGAUUAUCCGUAACAUGUGAAACCAUGUAACUUUUUUUGACGGAACCAUGUAACUUAAUUCUGCCUAAAUGUAUGCAGCAAUUUUUUAAUAAUUCUUUGGCCAACGCAAGGAAUUUACAGGACAUUUUAGAU